AAAUUUUGUGUUGGAAAAGUCAUGGAGCCAAUAGAAGGGUAUGUAACAGAUCUUGGUUUACCUGUGUCCAAGCCAUUUUGUCCCACAUUAAUUCCUUUGGCCAGGGAAAAAUGUUACUCUCUUACUUGAAUUCUUGUUUCCCUGGUCUUGAAAAUGGGUCGCAGGCAAUCUCCUUUACUAAUAGGUUUAUCUGCUAUUCCAGAGAUCUCAGGAAUCACUCAUAUUUACAACACUAAAGGAUCUACUGGCUGGAGUCAGUUUUCUCUCUUGAGACACCUUUUUCAAAUAUUUAGUCUUAGAAAUGGCUGAUGAUCAGACUCAUCAAGAAAAUAUAGGAAAUGGCUAUCCUGUUUGGUUUUAUAUUCUGAAUCUUCCUGUGGCACUUAUGUAAGUCACUGCCAGCCUGUAGAAUGACAGAUCUCCUUGUGUUGAAUUUAAGCUCCUUGAGGACCCAGGCCAGGCAUUCAUCCUUGUGACUUCCCAGAUCUAGGUUGGCCCAUCAGAGAGGUCUCCCUGAGUGCCGCCCUCUUUAGGAACUCUCUGGUCCCAUUCACUGCAUCUCUCAACAGCCAGCCUGUAACGGAAGACAGUCCUGUGCUCUGUGCUUCAGCAUCAUAGCACACACCACACUGUCUUGUCUGUCUCUCCAAGUAGGCUCUGGGGAUUGGAUCUUUCACUUUUGUAUCUCCAGUGCCAAAUGCAGUAAGUGCUCAAUGCAUGUUGAAAGAAAUGAAUGAAUGGAAGGCUCUUGAUAAAGAAUAGUUGAAUUAAAUCAAACAGGCACACCCUUUAGCUAUCGCUGGGGUAGGAUUUAGUGCAGGUGAUGUAAUGUAACUUGACAGGGUAGUUAAAUAUUGACAGGCAGGAGGAAGCAUACUGGGAAUGUUCAGAAAGAGGAAAGGAAGGUUUGACUGUGGCUGUCAGAUCAAAGAGCUGAGGUGGUAAGGAGCCAAACUGAGUGGCUGCAGUGGUCCUGAUGACCCUGGAAGGUCAUUCGCUGGUUCACUUGGCUUCUGCUUCAGUAGAGGAAUACAUGGACUCCAAUAAAUACAUUGAGCAUCUUCUAACUCAGCUCGAGGAACAACACAGAAGUCUAUGGAGGGAGAAGUUGGCCGUGGCCCGACUGCAGCGAGAAGUUGACCAAAGAAGAAGUGAGGGGGCCAUGCAUGAGAAGCUGAUGCAUGAAUUGGAAGAGGAGAGACACUUACGUCUUCAGAGUGAGAAGCGGUUGCAGGAGGUGACACUGGAGUCUGAGCGCAACCGAGUUCAGAUGCGUGGUCUGCAGCAACAAUUCUCUAGGAUGGAAGAAACAGUGCGGAAUCUAUUGCAGAGUCAAGGGCCUCCAGAGCAGAAAAAAGAAGAAACUGUUAAUAUAAUGGUCUAUCAGGAAAAACUGUCAGAGGAAGAAAGAAAACACAAGGAAGCUUUGGAAGGUCUUCACAUGGUGGUGGAUGAGGAUUCGAGGAGCGAAAGCAGCAGUGUCGACGAUGGGAAAGAAAACACCAAACUGCUGUUGGAAAGAUUGAAAGCUCUAGAGGCAGAGAAUUCAGCAUUGGCUUUGGAAAAUGAAAAUCAAAGGGAACAGUACGAGAGAUGUCUUGAUGAGGUAGCCAACCAAGUUGUGCAAGCUCUGCUCACUCAAAAGGAUCUAAGGGAGGAAUGUGUAAAGUUGAAAACAAGAGUGUUUGAUUUAGAACAACAGAAUCGAACGUUAAGCAUCCUGUUCCAACAGCGAAUCAGACCAACUUCUGAUCUGCUCCUUCAGAAACUUCACUCACGCAUCUUAGAUCUUUCAUCUGGAGAUUUGCUCUCAGACGUGGAAAGAAGCCGAAGUCUGACGCAGUCACGAACUGAUGUUGAGAUUCAUGAAUGCCAGCCGAAUGCAAAAUCAGGAGCCCCUGCUUUGAAAUGCCCUGGUUUGGGGAUCGUCAUCCCUGGUCAUCUCUGUCCUCGAAACAGCUGCAGCAGCAGUGAGCUGUCUCUUUCGAGCACCUGCAGUGAGAACUCCAGCGGCUCCUCCCACACAUGGCAUGAUGGAAAGAACCUCAGGAAAAGGAAAUCAUCACAAAACUGGGAUAAAAGGCUAAGUAUUGACUCUUCGCUCCCAAGUGGCUUCGCUAGUCCAACAGAUGAACUACCUCCCACUCGUAUCAAGGAAAGUCACAUUUUGGAAGGACUAAGAAAGCUACAGAAGCGAAAGGUGUUACUUGAACCCCCGUCAGUGAUAACAAAAUGGGGUUAUAAAGAUUGCAUGAACUCAAAUGAAGGAAUAUAUUCUCCAGGAAUUAAGAGUAGCAGCAUCAAGGGGUAUCCCCCCUGCAAACCAACUGACACGAGGAGCCCCAGCAAGGAACCUCACGAGACAUUUGUCUAUGACACAGAUUCCCAUGAUGAUGCUGAUGAGGACUCUUCCUCCUUAGCCUUGCUCCAGGCAGCUCCAAACCAGAGCUGCAGGCUGCACAGUCAUAAAUUAACCCACAGUGUUUCUGACAGCCUAUUUGGCUGGGAGCUGAAUAGAAAACACUUUACAGAAGGCAUGUCCUCAGUUUACCCCAGGGAAAGGCCUGAGAAUCGGACCAGUUGUGCCAGCAACUGCCCCUUGGAGAGGAUGCUGUGCCCAAGUGUGCAGGCACCUCAAGUACAGAGAGAGAGGGAGCCAUGCGGUCAGGGCCAUGUGGCUCUCAGUCUACAGCUUUCAGACACCGAUGACAAUGAAGCCUUUGAUGAAUUGCACAUUGGUAGCAGUGACGAGAAAAGUCAUUCAGACUUGUCACUGACUGCUGACACUGACAGAUCCAUGGAGAAUCUGGACAUCCUUAUGGGAUUUGGAAAAUCUCAACUGGGGUCUCCUGAUGAGGAGGAAAAACAAGUGCCCAUCCCCUUAGAGAGUAGACCAAAGACGUUUAGCUUCAUUAAGCAGCAAAGGGUUGUAAAAAGGACUUCUUCAGAAGAAUGCAUUACCGUCAUAUUUGACGCGGAAGAUGGCGAGCCCAUUGAAUUCAGCUCUCACCAGACUGGCUUUGUCACUGUUACCAGAAAUGAAAUUUCUAUCAAUUCGGCCCCUACUGGACCCAAGGCAGAACACACUGAAAUUUUACCUCAGGGAAUGGCUCAUUUACAGCCAGGAGCUGCAGCAAGAGACUACACUUUCUUGAACAGACCUGAAGAGCAAACUGAGAAAAACAUUCCAAAAGAUGACAUAGAUAAUGUUACUGUGGCACCCACUGGCUCUUUCAGCCCCAGGACAGUUACACAAAAUACUCAGCGACCAAGACCGGCCAAACCAACACUCACUGUGUCAUGCCAGAGUAAUUCUAGGUCUUCAGUGUCCAUGGGUAUCUAUCAAAAACAAAGUCUGACAAAAAUCCCUGCCAGGGGCAAGUCUUCACCUCAGAAAUCAAAAAUGAUAGAGCCUGAACUCUCCUCAAGAGUGCCCUCAUCGGGCCCAGUGUCUCUUGAAAAAUCACCAGCCGUAGCUCCUGGGAAGCUCUCACGGUUCAAGAAGACUGAGGGCCCAGCACCCCUUUUUGAUUUGCAGCCAGAUUCACACAUUCCAAAACACCCUGGCCAACUUCCUCAUGGCUCCAAAAUGUCCAGCAGAAAGGAUUGGGUUCAGUGCUCCAAGAGUCAGAUUCCAGCAUCACAGUUACUGCCAAGGCCCCUCAAUGAGCCAGGUGACAAUGGAGAGCCCCCGACAAGGGACAAACACUGUGACCCUGGGCCAGAGGCAGGGAUGAAAUCACCUCCCCCCCCACUCCCUCCAGACAGGUCAGGCUCCCUUCUCAUCAGGCCCAGUUAUGACUAUUUGCCACUACCCUCAUCUGCCAAGCCUGACACCAGGGUCCCCAAUGAAACAGCAAGGACCAUAUUCAAAUCCCCACCUCUGAAGGGAUCCUCUGCUCCUAUUAUCUCUUCUAAUCAGAUCAUGACAGAAGUGCCAGGGAAGAAACCUUCUGUGGCCUUCAAAAAGCCUAUCUUCACUCACCCUCUGCCCUCCACAGAAAGAGUGAUUCAAACCAGAUGUUCCACUCAUACCCCAAGCAGCUCAUUUGCUGUGAUGGCCCCAGGGCCCCUAAAGGUCUCUCCAAAGAGAGGUGUCCCCAGAACCCCACCUCACCAAACGCUUGGGAUCACACAAGCAGACACAGGGUUACGGACUCCCAAGAAUUGUCCUUCAGGCCCUGAGCCACUGGAAAUAUCAUCCCCCAAAAGUGUGUCCCCAGGAAGAAAAGGACAAAUGAAUGACUGUGUCCCCACCUCACCCAAGCCUGCCUUCUUAGGGGCGAAUGAGUCACCAUCAUCUCAGGGUAACAGUCACUCAUCAUCACCCUCCUCCAAAAGCCAUAACACCCCACAUGGUUGUCAAAGCGCUCAUGAGAAAGGGCUGAAAACUCGCCUCCCAGUUGGGCUCAGAGUCCUCAUGAAAUCUCCCCAAUUGCUCAGGAAAAGUUCUACAGUGCCAGGGAAACAUGAAAAAGACAGUCUGAAUGAAGCCUCUAAAAGCUCUGUGGCUGUGAGCAAGGCUAAGCCAGAGGAUGCUGGGAAUCCAGUGAGCAUGGAGACCACAGUGGGAGAAAGAACUGUGACUCCACUGUGUUUUCAGGCACAAGGCAAUUUGGCUGAAGGGCUUCCCCUGGAAACGGCAAUGCCAGAGUCAUUGGAUAAUAGCAUCCUUGAGGCUGAUGGAAAAGAUGGGGUAGAAAACAGGGCUGUGAAAAGAUCCCUUUCCUCCAAUAAGCCACACUUAAAACCAGCUCUAGGCAUGAAUGGAGCCAAAGCCCGCAGCCAGAGUUUCAGUGCUCACUCGGGUGACAAGCCCCCUACUCCCCCCAUGGAAGGGCCAGGCAAAGUUCGAACUCAGAUUAUUACCAACACCGCUGAGAGAGGCAACUCCCUCACUCGACAGAGCUCCUCCGCGGAAGUCUCGCCCAACAAGACCCCUUCUGCUCCCAUGUCUGACAGUCUCCCCAGUGUGGGGAGGCCUCUGGGACAUCUCUCCACCAGGCAAGCCUCCCUAGGGAGUGCAGGCAGCAGCCCCAGUAACCAGCAUGGGAGCCCAAGCAAGUUGCCUUUGAGGGUCCCUCCAACAUCUGAAGGGCUCCUUGUCCCCUGUGGAAUGGAAGACAAGCAGGGCUAUGCAGAGGGAGGAUGUCCCACCAUGGCUGUCCCUGAGGAACCAAACAGUGACCACUACACAUGCCCACCCACCCCAGCAGAUUGCCCACGAGCCCCGCAGAAUCCGGGGAGGACAGAGCGUCCACACAGUUUUGAAACAAGCAGGACCUCCAAGCUAGAAACUUCUGGAAUGUGUCCAGAUACUUCUACAACCAGGACUGGUGCUGUGAGCCCCGAAGCCCCCCUCUCACCCACAAUUGAAGAAAAGGUCAUGUUGUGCAUUCAGGAAAACGUGGAAAAGGGCCAAGUGCAAACAAAGUCCCCCUCUGUGGAAGCGAAGCCAAAGCCGGGGCCUUCUUUAGCCAGCUGGUUUGGUUUUCGGAGGAGUCGACUUCCAGCUCUCAGUAGCAAGAAAAUGGAUGUCUCCAAAACCAAAGUGGAAAAAAAGGAUGCAAAAGGUUUGGGGUUUGGAAACAAACAGCUAAAAUCGGAGAGAAAAAAAGAGAAAAAGAAGCCUGAGCUGCAGUGUAAAAUGGAAAAUGAGCUUGCCAGGAACACUAGGUUGGCACAGAGUCCAGACAGUAGUUUACAAAGCAAAAAUACUUUGAAGACCCCACAAGACGUCUAUGACCAAACGAAGUUUGAACCAAGAAGUAGACCCAGCCCUGUCACAUGUUCAACGAAAGAUACAUUUAUGACGGAACUUUUGAACAGAGUUGAUAAGAAAGCCGCUCAACAGACAGAAAGUGGAUCAAAUAAUGUUUCCUGCAGGAGUGUGUUAAAGGGCAGCUCCCAGGGUUCCUGCCUCACCAGCAGCUCUACGAGCACUCAAGGAAACCACAAGAAAAACAUCAAAACCAAAGCCGAUGUGGAAAUACCGAAAAGCUCCCUGAUAAAAGAAGCAAGCGGAGACCUGCAAGAGGAUGAAGAUGUGAUCGCGGAGCCCACAUUUCAGAGCCACAUCAUAGAAUCAAACUGCCUGAUGAGGACACUGGACAGUGGGAUCGGAACCUUCCCACUUCCAGACUCUGGAAAUCGCUCCACAGGGCGGUACAUAUGCCACCCAGACUCCCUAGAGGACACCGAACCCAUCCUGCCUCUCCAGCCAACACUUUGUGCAGCUUCCUCUAUCAGAGCUCAGACCCUUGAACGAGAAGUGCCUUCCUCUGCAGACAGCCAUGUCUCUGCAGAUAAUGUCAUUGUUCAUUCCACAUCUGACCCCAUCAUGACCACCAGGGGGAUGCGUCCUCUUGAAAGUCGCCUCCCCAAACCAGCCUCCUCAGGAAAAAUCAAUUCCCAAAAGCAGAAUGAAGCAGAGCCAAGGCCUCAGACCUGCUCGUCAUUUGAAUAUGCUGAAAACACAAUGGCAACUGAGCAGCUUCCAGACUGGGGCUGUGCAGCCCCCACGGCUGAGACCCAGAAAUUGAAACAAGUUGAAGAAACAAAAGAAGAUCCUGAGAAUAGAUUAUCUAAAAUUUCCCUGGAGUCAUUCAAUAAAUAUAACAGCAAAACUAUGAUUUUGUUAGAAAGAGAGAAGAACUCUCUAAACACGGUUGAAAGACAAAAGGAAGAAAAAGAAAAAACUGAAGAGGCAUCUUUGAGUAGCUCAGAUAGGCCUGGGGUAGACAAUUUGGAAUCCCUGAGUGAUUCUUUAUAUGACAGCUUCUCUUCCUGUGCAAGUCAGGGUUCAAAUGAUGUAUAAAGGACCGUUUUUGUUGUUGUUGUUGUUGUUGUUGUUGUUAUUGUUGUUUUUUCUUAGCUGAAAAUGGAGCACUUAAGAAACAGUUGUGUGGAGGGGAACAGAGAUGGCAACAAUAAACCAUGGCAACAACAGAGCCUCCAUUGUCAGAUUCAUAACAAGUAACCCACUGGAGCUUCCUUUUCUGACAGGGCAAUAGACUCCAUUUGUUGUGUUUCACCAAGAUUAGAUGUAAACACACCCACAAUGCAGAAGUCUUAAUUUUGCACUUUUUUUGAAUACUUGUACAGAAGUUGUAAAUUUUUGGAAAAGAAAUUAUAUUUGUAGCAAAAAAAAAAAAAAAGACAGCAAUAAAUUGAAUCAGUGCCAUGCUCUUGAAAUGAUGUACUAAGUGUUAGAAGUUGAUAAUAUAUUUUUCAAAAAUUCCAGCUAAAGUGUUUUGUUGACUUCACUGUCCUAGUCCUCAAAUUGUUUGUGGGUACACUCUGUAAAGCUAAAACAGGGCCUGCCCAAAACCAGAGGGCUCACUGUCCUCUCCAACUCACAAUCUCAAUGUGAUAUAAACUUUAAUUCUAAUGCAAUUUCAAAAUUGUUACCAGGGAGAUUCAGGUUCUAGGAGUGAGUGUAAUUCUGCUUCCACUGAAAAAUGUAACAGGUACUCAAGUGUGACACUGAUGGGAAAGGAUGUGGAUCAGAAGUGACCUAAUUCUAUGUUCAACCACAGGUUUUCCCUCCAAACAUUUUCUUACAACCUCUUCUGCUUAGUGCUUCUCUAUGAUUCUCAACAGUAUUUGAUUUUUUAUCUUCCUGCUCUUUUUAUUAAAAUCUGGGGAAACUAGAAAUGAAAGCAAAUUCCUGUCUGUCAUGUUCACUUUUUUAAAAAUAAAAUGAAUUGCUGGUGCUACAAAAAAUUCUUACUUUUUAAGACCUUUUUUUUCCCCUACAAAGUCUGUGUAUAUGUGAGGAUAAAUUCUAUUUUAAAGGUUAUUUGUAUUUUUUCUAGAUGUGAACUAUUUAUAAUUGCUUUUGUACAGGAGUUUGUAAAGUAGGCCUAAUAGAAAUAUUUUUAGGAUCUAUAUGGUUACUUCAGCACACGUUUGUAUGUUUAAAGAGUGUUGUAUAAUCAGUGUUAUUUGGUUAAUUUGUGCAAUUUGUUAUAUUGAAUUUUGUCCUAAAUGAAAAUUAUGUAAAGUAUCAUUGUCUUUCAGACUUUGAAAAAAUUCUUUUGUUUCAUUUCUGAAUAAAAGUUCUAUCACAGUUGGCACUCUCUGAAA